UCGUCUCCUGGGUUCCAAUCCCGCUGAAAUCCUUCUUUCAGCGCCGUUACUUCAGAAGAUAGUCGUGGGAUGUGAUGGGAGGCAAGGCUCACCCCCCCUCCAGUUCAGAAUCUGAUUACUGGGGUGACGAGUCAUGGACCGUGGAUUGCCCUUGUGGGGUGAGCUUCGACGAUGGCGAGGAGAUGGUGGAAUGCGAUGAGUGUGCCGUGUGGGUGCACACAGCGUGUUGCCGUGUGCCCAAAGGCCUUACUACCUACGUCUGUGAUAAGUGCAAGAGCAAAAAGAAGAAAGAGUCCGAAGAAGCGCCCGAGAUCCCUGAAGCCGCUCCAUCUGUGGACCUUCCUUUCUCCGGCGCAGACACUUUACAUACCACUGACCUCGUUCGUAAGCCCAACGAAGUGCCCAUCCUUGACCGUGUGCACGUUCAAGGGAUCCCCGGAGGAGAUCCCAGUCUCUUUGUGAACGUUUCGAAAGUUUUCUCUCAGCAGCUGUGGAAGUACACUGGAUACGUGCCGAAAGCGUUUCACACCAAGUGCAAGGACAUCCCGUCGUUGCCCUGUAUAGAUGACACCCUCGAGCGCUUUCUCUCGCUAUUGUCUUCUAGGAAAGAGGCUUCUCCCGAGACUAUGGAGGAUGUAAAGCCCACCGAGAGAGUUAAGGAGGAAGACCUUGGUAAUGUCAGGAAGGGCACUAUGGGCACCGUACAGGCUGAGAAGCCUUCAAAACUUCGCGACCCCAAAAAAGCGGAAGUUGGUAAGAGUAGUAAAUCGGUGCAAAAGUCUUCGAGAUCAAACAGAGAUGGAAAAGUGCAGUUGCAUUUGAAACGGAGCUCUGAGGAACAGAACCGCAAGGAGUCGCAUAAUAAGAGACCGCGAACUGGAAACUCAGUGAGGACAGAAGAGGAGUCCUUAAAAGAGGACGAAUUCUCGCGGUCUGAGGGGGAGCCUGCGGCACGGGGGAAGUCGCCAAUAUUUUCUAGGAAAAAUCCGAAGGCAAUGAAGAAGAUGGCUGUCCAAGAAUUUAUGGAUGGGCAUGUCUCGAUCCUUGGCACUCGGUGUACACACAGUGAGCAGAUUCAAUCAACCGUGGCUUAGUUUGCUAGGUGAUUCUCUGAUCGCCUGCUCUUGCCCUGUUUUUGACAUUGUAUACUUGAAUGUAGAGUAGUGGUAAAUUAUUGAUCAUUUGUUGAGAUAUGGGUUGACCGCUCUGCAUUGUAACCAUCAUCCUACAUUACUACAAGAAGUGUGUCAUGGUUACCAUUUCAUCAAGAGUUGCACAAGUAGGACAUCGAUAAGCUGUGUGCGUUGAUGAAUUUUGACAAAUUUUGUAUCGUACAAUUCCAGUCUUAAGUCGGAUUUGACUAAAGCUACUGCCCCA